CACGUUUUCGCAUGAUUUUUAAAGAGCACGUUGCAAGGUUAGGAUUUGAGAAAAAUACAAAUAAAAAAUUAGAUAUUUAAAUACAUGCAUAAACAGACUGUGAUUUGUGUGUGCAGAAUAUAUUUACAUUAAACACGUUUAAGUAAGUGAUCUGAACGAAAAGAGUUUUUAUCACAAGAGAUUUACCAAUGAUUUUGAGGUUAAUAACAAGAUGAAGAGAGGAUUCGACGAUAAUUUUGCCACUGGCGAAGCCGCCACUGGUAUUAAACAGAAGUGGUACGAGGAAUAUCAGAAGGCAGAAGGACCUUGCAAGCACUCCAAGUCCGAAGCCGACGUUUUGUAUCUGAGAGAUGAAGGAAAGAAGUAUCUGGAUGCAGAAACCGCCGCCUUUCAGCUGAAACAAUCCAAAUCGCACGACUCGGAGACCAAGUGGUUGAAAACGGCAUUGCAACGGGGCACCACCUCGGAUAAGAUAGCAGCCAGUAUAGUGCUGGUGCAAGAUAAUCCAAAGUACAAUCUCGGCCGUCUGGUAUCCUUGGUGUCCCAAGUGCGUGGCGCCAAGCACAAUCAAUGCGGCAUGAUCAUUGUGUCGUUGAAAGAGCUCUUCCUGGCCGAUCUGUUGCACCCUAAGUUCAGAUUAUUGAAAUUGGAAGAACAGAAUUUGGACAGGCUCAACAUGGGAAAUGGAUCAGAUUUCGUCGUCAAGACGAACGCCGCUAGAAAUAGAUUGUUGGCGCACUGGUACUUCGAGGACCAGCUACGCGAGCAAUAUGAGCGUUUUGUUCUGAAUUUGUCCGCGGUGGCCUCCGAUACGGUAGAUACAAAUCGUGAGAAGGCCAUAUCCGCGAUGGCGGAUCUGUUGAUAGGCAACGCCGAGCAGGAACACAAGUUGCUGGAGUUACUUGUGAAUAAAAUUGGAGAUCCGAGCAGUAAGGUUGGAUCCAAAGCUGUAUUUUGCAUCAAUAAGUUAUUGCACGAGCAUCCGAACAUGAAGCUUGUAAUCUUGCGCGAAGUCGAGAAACUGCUAUUUAGAAAAAAUGUGGGCCAGCGCACUCAGUAUUACGCUAUAUGCCUGCUGGCGCAAUAUGUCCUGGAUAGAAAUGACGAGGAGAUAGCCGGUACACUGAUAGAAGUGUACUUUGCGUUUUUCAAAGCGUGCUUGAAGAAAGGCGAACCCGACACUAGAAUGAUGGCAGCGAUUCUAAUGGGCGUUAAUAGAGCGUAUCCUUUCGCCAAAGUGGACUCGAAGAUAUUAAAUGAACACGUCGACUCUAUCUACAAAGUGGUACACCUUGGAUCGUUUAAUGUCUCUCUCAAUGCACUUAGCUUGUUGCAUCAAAUAACCGGCAAAGACGAGUCUCAGGCGAGCCGAUUUUAUUCAGCCUUUUACAGAAAGCUAUUCGAUCGGCAAAUAGGAGUAGCGAAUAAACACGCAGUGUUCCUCAAUUUGUUGUAUCGAGUUCUUCAGAAAGAUCAAAGCGUGCUACGUUCAUAUGCUUUUAUCAAAAGAAUCUUGCAAAUUGCGUUCUACUUUCCUGCGAAUAUGGCGUGUGCCAUGUUGUACAUUGUCUCCAAAAUUCUUCAAAGCCGCCAAGAUCUAAAACAUAUGUUGCUCGAGUCACAUAAGGCUAUUAAAGUCGAAAAUGAUGUAUGCGAAGUAGACGAUAGCUCAUCGGAUACAGAGGACGUUCGUGUAAUAGAAAAUGAAAGCUCCAUUAUGUUAUCGAACGUCACCGUUGGCGAGGAUACCGCGUCAGAAACGAAGCCUGAUGUGAAGAAAGAGACAGACGUAAAAAUCGAGGCACAAAAUAUAAAGUCGUAUGAUCCCUUUUGUCGAAAUCCCCUGUAUGCGGGGGCAAUGAAAGGGCUCAACACCGAACUUGAAGCGUUAUCCAGGCAUUUCCAUCCGAGUGUCGCUUUAUUUGCGAAUCAGAUCAUUCAAGGGAAGUCGAUUGAAUACACAGGCGAUCCUUUGGAAGAUUUGACGUUGAUUCGAUUCUUGGACCGGUACGUCUUUAAGAAUCCAAAGAAGCUGGAGGACAAGAAGGUGCAAAAAAAGAACGAUCCUUUAGCGCAACGUGCUGGAUACACGCCUAAGGGGAUACGAGCCCUUCCGGUCGAUAGCGCGGCGUAUCUCGACGAGAGGGAGGAACGAAUACCGGUAGACGAGUUAUUUUUAUACCGAUAUUUGAAGCAGAAGGACGAAAUCAAGAAACGUACGAAGAAAGAAGACGAAGACGAAGAUGAUGACGAUUUAGACAGCGUUAAUAGCGAAGAGUUCAAUGAUAUGUUGGAUCGUAUGGGCGGCAGCCAAGAUUUUGGCGAUUUGGAUAUCGCGGCGGACAUCCUACCUAGGAAGAAGAAAGGUAAAACAGAUGAGGAUUCUGAUGACGAGGAUGAGGAUGAUGCAGAUAACGAUGAUCAAUCUGAAGAUGACGAUAUCACCGAUGAUGUAUCUGAAGAUCUUGAUGAAGAUGUCGGGGAUGACAAUGACUUGCAAGAUCUAAGCGAUAUUGAUCUUGCAGACGUAGAUGAUGGCGAAGAUCUAAGCGAUAUCGAUCUUGCAGACGUAGAUGAAGAUCUGAGCGACAUGGAGUUCAAUGGUUCCGAGAACGAAGAGGAUGUAGACGACGAGUUAAUUUCGAGUUUGAAUAAAAAGCUAAACGCGAAGGGUCCAAAAAGUAAAGGGAAUAAAAAAGGGAUCGAUAGCAACAUAUUCGUAUCGGCAGAAAAGUUCGCCGAGAUGUUGGAGGAGCAAAAUAAAACGAGGGGAAAGCACGGCGGUAGCAAUGUUUUCAGCAGCAGCGACGGUGCUAGCGCUAAGCAAAUAGAUUGGGAAGUGAAACGACAUCAACGAAUGAAAGGAUCAUUUGGCAAGAAGAAGCGAAAGUCUGUUCAAACGCAUGAUAAUAAUCGGGUUAAAAAAUUCAAACGAUGAAUAUGUAAUAAACGCAUUUCAUAGACAA